AUGGAAAAUGAUGAAUCAAGUCCAAGCAAACCCCAUUAUGAUAUCAGCAUGUCAAAGAGAACCAGAAAGCCAUUGAAUCUCUUUACAGAAACCAACCAAUCUCCCCAAAAACCAAUCUCUCCGGAGAGAGAAAAUCAGGUGAUCGGCGUGAAGGAGGAAGAAGAAGAAGAAGAAGAAGAAGAAGAAGAGAAGCCUCCUGGUGCAGGAGCCAAUGGACAUGAAAAUGAUCACAAAAGCUUGGAAGAACUGAUCAAAAGCAGGAGUUCUCUUGGACAGCAUUUUACAGAAGAAGAGAAGAAUCUGCAAGUGGUUGUUAAACAGCAUGAAGAGAGAUUGGAAGGAGCUCAGUUCAAAAGAUUGGUGAGUCGUUAUGUUAAAGUUUUGAGCCGUUUGGUUAAGAUUAAGCAGAAUGGUCGUUUGGGGUCCCGGAAAAAGCCAGUUCUCCGGCUAUCCACGUAG